AUGGAUUGGAUAUUUUGUGGCGCCUUAUCUUUCGUCCGUGCGGCACAAGUGACAGUCUGUUACGACAUUGCCUGUCAAUGGAGCAAGAGGCUGCGUGAGCGCCUACUCAAGAUCUCUCCAUAUCACAAGAUCUGGGAGGGUGUGAAGCGCUUCCAGUGGCAUUUCGAUAACAACUCUAUCAGCUAUGUGGUCCCGAAGUUUCACCUUUUUGCACAUAAGCUCAUAUGUCAGCUACGAUACGCUCUGGGACACUUGCGAGGGGCAGCUGCCACAGAUGGCGAGGGCUGUGAACGUGUCUGGGCGGGUGCUAACCCUGCCGCUUCAAGCCUGAGGGAGAUGGGACCAGGUGGUAUGAGCGAUACCAUGGACGAUAUGUGCGGCUCGUGGAAUUGGCAAAAGGUCUGCGGGAUAAGCUCUCUGCUUCGCGAACGCAUGCAGCGAGCUCUGUCAGAAGCGCUUCAGCAGACUGCGAUUUUUACAGAGUUCACCGAGGCUAUCGAGGAGGAGGAUCCUGCAAAGUUGGGUGUCUGGCGCUCUAGAGUGAUGAGCUGGGAAGAGAGCGAGGUGGCCAAGGAUAGGACGCCGAGCCCGUAUCAUGUGGAGAGAAAGAAUGUGCUUUCAGUGGCAGAAAUAAAGCUGCAGAGCGAGCAGGCGCAGGGGUCGGGACGAGGGACUUUACUCGAGGAUGAGUCGGCACUUGCACAAUUCCUCCUCCGCGGCCUGGAAAUUGAAAGCGAAAGGUCUCGCUUUACGACGCAGUAUGUGGAAAUUGGGGGAACGGUCUCACAAGCGGAGGCGCGUACAAAUGCUUUAAACAGCAUCGGGCGCGCGGUCAACAGCUUCCGAUGUCAUCAGGAGGACCACAUGCCGAUGACGUACGCAUCCCUGACAUUGGACGAACGCGAGCCCGAUCGGCGUAACGUCAUGUCCGUCAAGCUCUACAUGCCGUCUGCGCCUCCUGGCGGAGACGAGAGUAUGGUUCCGCCCGCCGCGCGCAUCAUGGAGGCGAAGCUGCGGUGGGCUUCUAUGGCCGACGAGCUGGAUAACCUGCGGCACCAGCUCCGCUUAAAGGGGUGCUUGAACAAGUUUAAGCUGGCCAAUGUGACUGGGCAACGUGGGAAUACGCGCGCUAGAGCUGCGCAGGAUGCUGUGGACGCUCGUGUGCGGAGGGCAGCUGACGCCUACCGACGCCAUCGCGCGGCCUACGUUUCUCUCAUUGGAGAAGGCGAUUGGACGAGUACCAUGCGCAAACUAGAAGACAGUGACUGUCGCGGGCUGGGCGACAGGCUUCUGGAACAGAUGGAGGAGAUGUCUGAAUAUAACGCACAGCGUUUUCUUGCGGGGAGACGGGGCGCUGAUACGCAGGGGGAAACUGCAUACAAGCUGCCGUGGAUAUGGUAUAAUAUGGCGGAAGAAUCUGGUAUACAGAUCACGGAUGGUACGUCAUGA